AUGAUGAUUUGGUAUCGCUAUUUUCUUUUAGGUUUGAUGUCUUCGGUGUUUGCAGAUAUAGACCCCUGUAUGCCAGGUAACCAUGUACUCAUGGAUGAUCCAACACGACUUACCACAUAUGAAACUGACCCAACAUCUGUCCUAUGUGACGAUGACUUGGUAACGCAGUGGUUCCGGAUCAAAUGCGGCGUUUUAGCAACAACACCACCACCUUUGAACAGGUGUGGUACCGAAAAGCCUGUGUGGAUCGACCCUACAGACAUGCCGUCUAGUGGAGCGAGUGCCAUCGUGAAAACAUGUAUGAGAACCGCUUUCUCCGAUUGUCGCUUUAAGGGAGAGAUACAUGUGACGAACUGUGGUGGAUAUUAUGUUUAUGAGCUGAAGAAUGUGACUAAGAGUUAUUGUCCGCUGAGAUACUGUGUUGAAGCGGAUUCUGGAGUAAUGGUAUUGCCUUCUGUGUCAGUAUCUUUACAUGAUGGGACGACUACCACCAAUUCCGGAGAAUCUUUUACCAAAGAGAUUCUCUUUACAUGUGACUUAGGGGUUAACACGGAAGUAGAUUUGACACCGAUAUAUUACGAUGUUGUGUGGUACAUCAACGAUCAGGAAAUAAAACGGAAAACGAACCUGAGUAACUCGGCGUACAUAUCUGAUGGGAACCUCAAUGAAAGCGAAUGGAGGGGAAAUUAUUCGCUUCCGAUGACGGUCAAUUGUUCGGUGAAAGCGAAAGCUGGUGUAUGUCCGGGUACCGGGUAUUUUGUACGCAGCGUUUCAUUCUUCGCUGGAUUCACGGCAGAACUAUCAGGAGAAACUCUCCAGGAAAACGGCGAGCUACAGUUAACGAUACAACUUACUGUUCCUCUUGGAUGUACUUUCGCAAACGUCCAAGGAAAUGACGAGUACAUGAGGGACUUCUGUCGUAUGAGAAUUAAAGUAAUACAACCAGACCAGGCUUCGGCAACGUCCCAGUGCACACGAGCUGGUGUGAAGAAUACCAAUUACAACAUUCGUACGAAUAAAGCAGAGUGUGGAGUGACCAUCUUCCAUACCAGCUGGGACACUCCAGUCGUGUUGAACAUAAGCGGAGCUCCGGACAACAUCAUCAAAUCAGGAUACCGCUGGGGUGUAAUACAGCUUCAGACAGAUCAACAAUUUUUCCAUGAAGUGUGGAGUAAAGUUGAGGGAGAAAAAAUCGAGUUUUACAUUCAUGAUGACGAUAUCGAUAUAAUGGGCAAAUCAUGUUACUCAUCAAACGACCCACACAUGAAAACUUUCGACGGCAGGCAUUACGAGUUACAUGAAACAGGGGAGUAUGUCCUGUAUAAACACGAUAAUCUCUCAGUGGCGAUUCAUGCAUACUUCCAGCCAUGUGAUUGGGGUAAACGGAAUGCCAAAUGUAACUGUGGAAUAGCUAUACGCAAUAGCAAUGCUGUCUUCAGGGCCAACUUCUGUAAACAUGCCAGUGGGUACAACAGAAUUAUCGAAUUCAUUGGCUGUGACAAUGAUGCUAUGACGAUCGAGGGCUUUCAAUCAAAGCAAAGAUUUGGGUCUGGUUACAAGAUUAUUCUUCCGACGGGCACAAUGGUGACUUUCACUUAUGGUUCUUACGGAUCCUCUGUUAUGCUUAUUCAUUUUAUCUACGUUAAACCGUCGUUGUUGGACUGGAAAGAAUCUCGAGGGCUGUGUGGUUAUAUGGACGGAGCAACAGCGAACGACUUUAAGAAGAGAGACGAAUCAGAAGUUCAAGAUGUGGACGACUUCAGCAACAGUUGGAAAAUUGUGUACGAGAGUUCUGAGUCAAUGUUUAUCAAUCCGUUGGAAAUACAGCCACCAGCUUCUUCAACAAUGGUCCGUGAAUAUUGCACCUGCCCUGACGAAUACACUUUUAACGAUCAGAUGGGUGCUUCGUGUUCGGCUUCCCCAGUAGAGCUCUGUUCGUCUUCCAAUACCACCAUUAACGGCUAUCUCCACACGUGCAGGACAUCAUUGACAAAACGUGAUACAGAAGAAGAAAUGGUUUAUUUUCCUUGGUACACUAAUUUGGACGAUGGUGAUGAUACAAGUUUGGACUCUGAUUGGUCUGGUAACUGGACAGAGAAUUCAGCCGCAGAAGCCUGCAGAAAAUACCUCCGUGCUAAUCCACUAAUUCAGAAAUGUGAAGAAGUAGUACCAGGUUUUGACAGUGAGGACUACGUGCCCGACUGUACACAAGAUAUCAAGUUCAUGGGAUCUACUUUGUUCAUGGAGUCAACACUGUCCUUACUACAAACAGCGUGUGUUGCUGAAGCAGUGCGUUUAGAAAAUCUCACACGGGACGAUAGCGGUAGUGGCACCACCCUCCUGGACGAGAUUUUAGCCUUGAGUUGUACCAACAAUUGCUCCAAUGCAGGAUCAUGUAUAAGCGGUACCUGUCUAUGUGAAACCAGCUAUGAAGGGGAUGACUGUUCGUUACAUGGAAGUGACACGCCCUUCCUCUCCCAGGAAACAAAUAUGGGUUUAUGCAAUUCAUAUCUAGACACUUGCUCCACAUACGUCAUAACAGGGGAAUAUUUUAUGCGGGCGCAACUUACGUGCAGAGCCAGUUCAUUCAAGGUGAACGGUUCGUCUUUAGAAAUGGUAGGAGAGAUAUUGACUUUUCCAGGAGUGUAUGUGAACCCGUUCAUUGGUAUCUGCGAAAUUCCAAAUAACCUAAUUUCCCGAAAACGUCGCUCUGAUGAUCAGAUGCCGACCACCCGGAAACGUCGCUCCAUCUCUGAUGGUCAGCUGCCGACUGGCUACAACAUCAGCCUCUCUAACGACGGAACGACCUUCAGCACUGAGGUCACUUUCAUCAGCUUUGAUGCCAACUGCUACGAAUGCAACAUAACUACUAUGACGUGUACAGAAAAGGUAGUGUAA